AUGGGUUUUAAUGAAUGUGGUUUUAGUCGAUACGAUAAAGAUAAUGCAGAUAUUGAUGAUGGGGUUGAUGACUAUCAAGAAAAUAUUGAGGUUGAUGACUUUCAAGUGGAUAAUAAUGGGAUUGAAAGUUCGGUACUUCAUCGACACCCGCCUCCAUGUGCGGGCGGUAACUUAGCGGAUGGGCCUCCUAGCAACAAUAACAUUGGCUCAAAUUCGCUUGGUACGUCGAACUUUGUUGGGAGUAAUAGUAGCAAUAGCUAUUGGGGUGGUAAAGUUACGAUUGGGCAGAUUUAUUCAGACAAAAAAGAGUUACAAAAAUAUAUUGCUAUGUAUGCUAUGAGCAAGAACUUCCAAUUUCGCGUUAUUAAGUCGACCAAAACUCUUUUUAUGAUUCAAUGUGCUGCUAAAGGGUGCGAGUGGCGUAUGCGAUAUAUAAGAGUCAAGGAUUCGGAGUUGUUUAAGGUGACGAGGCUUAAUGACAAUCACAAAUGCUCUUUGGACUUUAUUAAUCGAAGUCAUAUGCAAGCAUCAGGAAAGGUUAUUGGAGAAUGCAUUAAGUCAAAAUAUAAUGGUGUUGGUCGUAUUUACCGACCAAAAGACAUAAUACAGGAUGUGCGGCAGGAAUUUGGUGUUAAUAUUAGCUAUGAUAAAGCUUGGAGGGCUAGGGAAGCUGCCUUGGAAUCAGUGCGAGGAACGCCUGAAGAUUCCUUUUCUUACUUGCCACACUAUUGUGCCGAGUUAGAGAAGAAUAAUCCUGGUACGAUAACUUAUAUAGAGUCCGAUCACGAGAAAAGGUUUAAAUAUUUUUUCAUGGCUCUCGGUGCUUCGUUAAGAGGAUUUCGGAGUGCAAUGCAACCUGUCAUCGUCGUUGAUGGUACUCACCUAAAGGGCAAGUACAUGGGCACGCUCUUUGUUGUCGCUGCUCAAGAUGGCAACAAGAAAAUUUAUCCAGUGGCUUUUGGGGUUGGAGAUUCCGAGAAUAAUGCAUCUUGGGAAUGGUUUUUCGAGAAACUGCGAGUUGCACUUGCACUUGAAGAUUUCUCGGAACUAUCAUUGAUAUCGGAUAGGCAUAAAAGUAUUGAGAGAGGUGUUUCACUUGUAUUUCCGGAAUCUUAUCAUGGGCACUGCAUGCACCAUAUCUAA